AUUUGUAACCUUGACAAAAAAAACUAUUAAUUACUAUUAGCACCGAUUGGUAUUCAUUAUCUUAUUGUUUCCAGCGUAUGCUGCGGUUUUAACUGAUUCUAUGCUGUCAAGAUCACCUUCCAUUUGCCCAUUUCAUCUUAUGCUAGACGGCUUCUCUUUAUGCUGUCUUUUGCCACCAGUUCAUACCAUCUUAUUGCAAGCAAGUCAACUGACAGAUGGUUGUAACUGCAGAUAAAUAAAGAAGUUCAGGAGCUUUUAAGGCUUACCUUAAGCAAGGCCCGAGUCAAGCUGACCGAUAAUACCUUUUUUAACUGGAUCAUUAUGGACACUAACAGCAUGGAUCCAUUUAAUGGUCUCUAUGUGGGAGCAUUUAGUCCAUAUGGACCAGAAAUUGUGCAGCUCCGUCGGAAGUUCGGCCACUGGAAUAGUUUCGAUGACGUUGAGUUUUUCGAGUAUGUCGAAGCAGUAAAGUUGACUGGUGAUCUGAGUGUCCCUGCUGGCCAGAUAACAUUUCGUGCGAAGAUUGGGAAGGGCAAGCGACUUGAGAAUCGGGGCGCGUAUCCAGAGGAAUUCGAUUGCCAGUUAUAAAGGUCAGGGUAGAAUAGCUCAGCCUGGAUUCAAAAAUCCUCGAUGGGUGGAUGGUGAGCUGUUGGUGCUCAAUGGCAAGGUAGACUGAAAUACCUAUGGUGGUUCUUUUCAUCUGUAG